AUGUCUAGAUUUCAUCCGUUAGAUUUUCGCCUGAUGGCAAUGUCCCAGUUUCAGAUUUUGACAUUGUUAUGCCAAACAGCAGUAUGGACUAUUGGUAGUGAUCUCAAUCAAUUUCUGACUCAACAACUGGCUACCAGUCAAGCUGUAUCACGUGAGGUAUUCGAGGCUCAAGUUGUAGCACUUGUCGAACAAAUGCAAACCACAACAGUAGCAAAUGUGAAAUACACCGAUCAGCUAGUAUCCCUGGUUAUUCUCAACAGUGGAAUUAUGUCAGCUUUGAAUACCAACUCUUACCUCAUCAAUAAUCCAUUAGUGUUGAAUUACAACAUUCUACAUGGAAACUAUCCGGUUGGAAAUUAUAUUAUCAGCAACGCGUCGAAUCUGAAUAACAUCUAUUGCACUUGCGCAUACCAGUCAAACUGUACUUUUCAAGCUGGUUAUUACAACUACUCGAUUCGUCCAGGAAUCAAUGACAACUCCGUAUAUCAGCCCUCGCCACCACCUAUGUUUAUUGUGCCAGGUAUGUUGGUUGGAUGCUUGCCUCAUGAUGCAAUGCUUCUGUCGACACUGGAAUGUUUCUACAAUCGUUCAUGUCUCGAUCUCAUUGGUGUCUCACAAGCGAUCAUCCCACUCAACGUGACUGCUCCAUCUCGCUUUCGAGUCAAUACAACCGUAAAUACGAUGUUCGAACAACGCUUCGUUGAAACGUGUCAAAAUUCGAGUAAUUUCACUAGUUACUACAAUGCAUGCCAUCCAAAAGCGUGUUCCUACAACUAUGCACAACGUGGUAAUUUUCUUUAUGCACUGACGAUUCUGGUCAGCCUCAUUGGUGGUCUUACAACAAUACUCGGUAUUUUUGUGCCUCUUCUCGUACAAUUCUUUCGUCAUUUACUAGCUAAAUGCCGAGGUGAAGCAAUUCCUACAAUAGAGAAUAAUCCUGAAGGUAGGUGGCUUUUUUUACUUUUUCUAAUUUAUUUCACAUUUAUGUAA